ACGGCAACCUGUUUAUGGUCAGGCGCCCUCAGCACAAGGCACUCAAGCAGGCAGCAAAGCUAACCUCGAGAAGCCAUUCCUCCAGUCUAUUUAUGCCGCCCUAAACACUUGCCAAAGAAACCAGGCAUGUGGGCAUGCGCCAGCCCUGCAGGCCCUCAGAAGGCUGCAAAAGGCAACUUGAAAGUCACAUGUCAUAACAGUGGGAAGUACAUAUGUGGCUAUUCUUAGCCCUGGAAUGUAUACACUGUCUCCCUGCCCAGCGGCCCUUGCACAGAGCUCUAGAAAACCGUGAAAGUGCUUUCAGCAUAAACAAACCCAGAACUCUCCCAGGACAAAUCGUUUUCCAACUGAAGGAAAGGCCUGGGGCUUAUGGUUUCACUCGGAGCUAGAGGUGAAAACUCUGAGGAAACGAGACAGACCGGGCAUCGCUGGAUGUCACCACAGCAGAGCAAGGAUGGAUGAACAGUCCCCAGACGGGCUGCUCUUCAAAGACCACAACUUCGAAUCUGACCUGCUGAGGCAACUCAAUAGCUUAAGACAAAACAGAAUCCUGACUGAUGUGUGCAUUUGUGCGGGCAGCUGGGAGGUUCCUUGCCACCGAAAUGUGCUGGCCUCUAGCAGUCCCUACUUCCGGGCCAUGUUCUGCAGCAAUUUCCGGGAGAGCGGUGAGGCCAGAGUGCAGCUGAAAGGCAUCACUUGGAUGGCGCUGGAGCAGGUGGUAGCCUACGUGUACACCGGGGAGGCGCACAUCACAGCUGGAAAUGUCCUCCCCCUGAUGGAGGCGGCCUCCAUGCUGCAGUACCCCAGGCUCUUCGAGGCCUGCUCCUUGUACCUGCAGAGCCAGCUGGCCCCCAGCAACUGCCUGGGCAUGAUUAGACUCUCGGAAGUUCUCAGCUGUGAGACCCUCAGAAAGAAAGCCAGGGAGGUGGCCCUGACCUGCUUCCCAGAGGUGGCUGCAUCACCAGACCUGAAGGAGCUGUGUGCUUUGGAGUUAAGAGACUACCUGGGAGAUGAUGGGCUUUGUGGGGAGGAGGAGAAGGUGUUUGAGGCCCUCAUGGCCUGGGUCAGGCAUGACCUCCAGGCCCGGAAGCGCUACCUGCAGGAACUGCUGCAGCAGGUCCGGCUUCAGUAUGUCCACCCAGCCUUCUUCCACCAUUUCAUGGCCGGCGACACCCUCCUGCAGUCCUUACCUGCCUGCCAGGCCUUUCUGGAGGCGGCCAGGAGGCAGGUGUUCUCUCUGAGUCUCCCCAGACCCUUGUGGCACAUCCCUCCAAGGAGCUCUUACCAAGACUUCCUCAUCCUCGUGGGGGGCAGGAAGGACAAUCAGCAGACCACCAGGGAUGUCCUGCUCUACAGUGCCCAGACUGGCGAGUGGCAGAGCCUAGCCCAGCUCCCUGCCCGGCUGUACAAGGCCUCAGCAGUGACCCUGCACCGCAGCGUCUAUGUGCUGGGUGGCAUGGCUGUCAGCGGGGGCAAGAGCCUGGUCAGUCACAGUGUCUACAUCUUCUCUUUGAAGCUCAACCAGUGGAGGCUAGGAGAACCCAUGCUGGCAGCCCGCUACUCCCACAGGAGCACAGCCCACAAGAAUUUUAUCUUUUCCAUUGGAGGCCUAGGAGACAGACAGGAGCUCUUGGGCUCCAUGGAGAGAUAUGACAGCAUUUGCAACACCUGGGAGAGAAUGGCCAACAUGCCCGUAGGGGUGCUCCACCCUGCGGUUGCCGUGAAGGACCAGAGGCUCUACCUUUUUGGGGGAGAGGACAUCAUGCAGAACCCUGUGCGCCUUAUCCAGGUGUACCACAUGGCCAGGAACACGUGGUUCACGAUGGAGACCCGGGUGGUGAAGAAUGUGUGUGGCCCUGCCGUCCUGCUCGGGGAGCGGAUCGUUAUUGUGGGAGGUUACACACGGAGGAUCCUCGCUUAUGACCCUCAGUCCAACAAAUUUGUCAAAUGUGCGGACAUGAAAGACCGUCGGAUGCACCACGGGGCGGCGGUGAUGGGGGACAAGCUGUAUGUGACAGGCGGGCGGCGGCUGACCACGGACUGCAGCAUCGAGGACUCGGCCUCCUUUGACUGCUACGACCCAGAGACAGACACCUGGACCUCGCAGGGCCGGCUGCCUCACACACUCUUUGACCACGCCUGCCUGACUCUGCAGUGCAUACCCUACAGGUCCACCCACUCAUGAGGUCCACAGGUGUCUUGGUCAAAAUGCUUUCUGUCACAAGGGACAGAAACCUGGCUCCAAAGAGCUGGUCCAUAGAGGGAUGCAGGGACCACUCACAGGCCUGAAGGCACCAGAGCCGGCACCUGCGCUGGGUAUUCUGUGGUCAGGGUGCUCCCACCACCUUUUCCCUCCCUCUCUACCUCAUUGCUCAGGCUUCUUUCUCCCUGGAAUGUGAGGACCAUGGCACUGACAAACCCCAGCUCACAGUCCCCAGCUUUGCAUCUUCUGAGAGAGAACUUUGUUCUACCAUUACCCGCAGAUUCAUCUUAAGGGCCUUUUUAUUUUCUGCGCCUAUCACUCAAGCCAGUCCCUACUGCCUGGGACUGGGCUGUCAUUCUGGGUUAGUCCUGGACCACAUCCCACAGCAGAGGUGGGGUUAGAAGUUCUGAUUGGCUGUCCUUGCAAACUGCAUGUCAUGGGAUGGAAACAAUUCCCCAAAGGAAGAAAUCUGGGGGAAAGGGAACACCUCUGCUGAGAACACCCCUGAAAUCUGGAACAAGAGGGCUGAGAAACCCAAGAGCAUGCAGCUGAUCGAGGUGGUAGUGUGAGAAUUUUGUCAUGACUGUGUUUCCCUCCCUUCUAUGGACAGAAACAUUGAAAUUCCAAAGAAGUGUAUGCAAUUUGGUAUCCAGUGUUUGCAAAAUUAUCUUGCAUUGCAAGAUACAAAAACAGAAUAAAGUUUGUUUCUGGUGCCAAA